AUGGAUAUUUCAAAUAAUCAAAGUUCUGGAAAUGAUAAUGUCACUCCUAAUACUCAAUCUUCCACUCCCAACACUGAAACUUCCAAUCCUCCUACACCAAUUUCUUCAUUGCGUGCAAAAACUGAUCCUGCAUGGGCACAUGUUGCUUAUAAGAAAGAAGGGACACAAAAUGUAUACACCUGCCUUUUUUGUGGUAAUAGUUAUAGAGGUGGUGGAAUAAAUAGGAUGAAGCAACACCUUGCUGGUAUCACUGGUCAAAUAUCUUCUUGUAAAAAAGUUUCGCAUGAUGUACGUCAUAGAAUGACAGAAUCUUUGAAAGAGUGUUCAAAGAAAAAAGCCAUUGAAAAUAUAGAAGAGGAAAUUGAAGAUACUCAUGUUGAUUCACCAAUUAUCAUGAGUAGUGCAAAAAAGAGAAAAUCUAUAGGGAGUAUGGAUAAUUAUUUUGCUCCUCGCACAACCCCUGAUUCUCAACCGGGUAUUAAAAGUGCAUUAGCAACCAAAGAAGCGAAACACAGUGUAAAAAUGUUGAUUGCUGAGUGGGCCAUUGUGAAUUGCAUUCCAUUUAAAGCAUUUGAUUGCCCGUUAUUUCAAAAAGCUGUAGAUGGUAUUGCUUCAAUUGGGCCUGGGUUUAAAGCUCCUAGUGCUUAUGAUUUCAAAACCAAUUUGCUGAGUGAUUGGAGAAAAGAAUGUCAGUUACUAAUUGAUAGCCAUCGAGCUAAAUGGAAAAACAAUGGCUGCACACUCAUGGCUGAUGGAUGGACCGAUGUGAGGCAACGUACUUUGAUAAAUUUCUUAGUGUAUUCUACACACGGAAUGGUGUUUGUGAAGUCUGUUGAUGCUUCAGAUUUAGUCAAAGAUGCCAAACUCUAUUUACUCUAUUCUGUGAAGUCAUUGAGUGGAUUGGUCCUAAGAAUAUUGUCCAUGUAG